CAUUAAACGUCAUCACGAAAUCAUCUGUCAAAACAAAAAAUCAGGAACGCUCCUAAUUUAAGCAGUAAAAAUCCUGGAAAAAGUCCUUUUUUAACCCCAAAAAUAGUGGAAAACUGUGCAGAAAGCUCCGGAUUACGGAAGUAAAGUCAGGACUUUUCUGCAUCAGCUACCAUCGUAUUAGUUAUUUUUAAUAACUUUUAGUCACGGAAAUCUUCGAUUUUUCGCGAAAAAGUAGUUUUUCUUUGCCACUCGUAUAACUCACACAGAACCACACACGAUGGAUUUCUUAGAUUCAGAGGCAGAAGAAAGCGAUCAAUCCGAGGAGGAAGACUUGGAACCGCAAGAACGCAAGAAGCUCAAAAAGAUGAAACAAAUGGUCGACAGCUCGGAGGAGGAAGACGAAGACGAUGGGGAAGAAGUUAAGGAUCUUAUUGACGAUAAUCCCAUCGAGGAAGAGGAUUCCGGAGAAGAUUCUGACGAAGGUCCGAGUAAACGGAAGAAGAGCGAUGACGAGGAUGAACUAGAUGAUCGAUUGGAAGACGAGGAUUACGAUCUUAUUGAGGAAAAUUUGGGUGUAAAAGUUCAAAGAAAACGGUUCAAACGUCUUCGAAAAAUCCAAGAUGAAGAGAGUGAUCAAGAAGAAGCUGAUGAGAGUUUGAAUCGAGAAGUCAUUGCGGAUCAACUUUUCCAAGGAUCUGAUGAUGAGGAAGAACGUCAAUCCGAACGAAGCCAUCGCCCAGUUGAAAACUUGGAAAACCUCGACGACUCAGGCGAAGAAGAAUCCGAUGCCGAUGAUUUCAUCGUCGACGACGACGGAGUCCCCUUAACUGAGAAAAAGAAGAAGAAAAAGCGUCCCAUGUUCACGGAUGCCUCCUUGCAAGAAGGUCAGGACAUUUUCGGCGUGGAUUUCGACUUUGAAGAAUUCGAAAAAUACGACGACGAGGAAGAAUAUGAGGACGAAUCGGAACCCGACGAGUACGAAGAGGACGGAGAAGAGCGCGAAAAACGCCCAAAAAAAGCAGCUCGGAAACGCAUCAAUAAAAAAUCCAUUUUUGACAUUUACGAACCGAGCGAAUUGAAACGCGGGCACUUUACUGACUUGGAUAAUGAGAUUCGUAAAACUGACAUCCCCGAACGGAUGCAAUUGCGCGAAGUACCCAUAACAGCAGUGCCUGAAGGCUCCAACGAACUCGACGAAGAGGCAGAUUGGAUUUACAAACAGGCAUUUUGCAAGCCGCCAAUUUCGCAGCAAGCGGAAAAGCGACAGCAGAACAACGAUUCGUGGGAUACAAAUCAACAAACGAAGAAACCUCUUUCAACAAUCCCGAAAAUCAAGCAAGCACUGGAUUUCAUGCGAAACCAACAACUCGAGGUUCCUUUUAUCGCUUUUUACCGCAAAGAAUACGUGCAACCCGAGCUAAAUAUCACCGAUUUAUGGAAAGUUUACAAAUGGGACGCCCGCUGGUGUCAACUUUUCACGCGAAAACGUCGCCUAGUCGAACUUUUCAAGAAAAUGCAAGAAUACCAAACGGACAAAUUGAUGGCAAAUCCCGAUGCCCCCAUCCCGGAUGACGUUCUUGUCAUCAAAGACGACGACAUUGACAACGUUUAUUGCGCCCAAACACCCGAAGAGCUCAAGGACAUCCAUAAUCACUUUCUGCUGUAUCACGCGCACGAAAUCCCGAACAUGCGCGAAGCGUGGCGUCGCAAGGAAAAGGAACGUAAAAAGUUGGAAAAAAUCGCCGCGCGUCGUAAGGAGCUGGAAAACUUGGAAGAAGGUGCUGAACCGCCUCCGCCAAUCCAAUCUGACGACGAAGGCAUCGCCGACACCGAAGAUUUGGACCAACUGAAGAUAAAAAUGGAUUCUGGACCUUAUUCCAUGUGUCGCAAAGCCGGAUUAGCUUCGUUGGCGAAAAAAUUCGGUUUGCGCCCGGAACAUUACGCCGAAAAUUUGCGCGAUAGUUAUCAGAGACACGAAGUUGACCAAGAACAACUCGAUCCGACGGAAGUAGCGAAGCAAUAUAUUUCACCGAAAUUCGGUACGGUCGAAGAAGUCCUCGACGCAGCGAAAUUUAUGGUUGCGAGACAACUCUCGAGAGAACCUUUGUUACGAAAAGUGCUUCGCGAAACGUAUUUUGAGCGCGCAAAACUGUCCGUGACCCCCACAAAGAAGGGAAUGAAGGAAAUUGACGAAAAUCACAAUUGUUACACGAUGAAAUAUUUGCUGAACAAACCGGUACGCGAACUCACAGGCGACCAAUUCCUAAAAUUGCACAUUGCUGAAAACGAUAAAUUGCUCACGAUGACGAUCCAUGAAAGAAUUGACACCAGCAACUCCCAAAGUUUCCUCGAAGAAGCAAAAUCUCUCUACAGUCGUGAUGAAUUCGCCAAAAGUGUGCAAGAUUGGAACGCAUUACGAGCGGAAUGUGUCGAAUUGGCUCUCACAAAGAUGGUUUUACCGGAUUUACGGAAGGAGCUUCAUGCGAUUUUACUCAACGAAGCAAAGGAAUUUGUACUGAAAGCGUGUUGCAAAAAACUGUACAACUGGAUAAAAAUUGCCCCGUAUUCCGUUAAUUUUCAAGACGAAGACGAAUAUGAUUGGGAUACAUCGAAAGGAGUUCGUGUCAUGGGUGUCGCUUAUGUACCGGAUUACUCCCAAGCCGCUUUUUGUGCGAUUUCGGCGCCAGAUGGAGAUAUCACGGAUUAUUUAAGGGUUCCGCAUAUCUUAAAACGAAAAAAUGCUCAUCGCGAGGACGAACGAGAGCUAAAACAAAAUGACUUGGAUUCCCUCACAGACUUCAUCCGCAGCAAAAAACCUCAUGUAAUCGUGGUUGGAGGCGAAUCACGCGAAGCAAUCAUGAUUCAACAAGAUCUGAGGGAAUGCGUGAAGAAAUUAACUGAAGACGAGCAGUUCCCGGAGAUAAAUGUAGAAAUCGUGGACAACGAGUUGGCCAAAAUUUACGCUAAUUCGAACAAAGGCACGUCAGAUUUUCGCGAAUAUCCGCCCCUACUACGUCAAGCCGUGUCGUUGGCUCGAAAAUUGCAAGAUCCGCUCGUCGAAUAUUCCCAACUUUGCACCUCGGAUGAGGAAAUUCUCUGUUUGCGGUAUCACACGUUGCAGGAACAGCUCAAUAAGGAAGAACUUUUGGAAAAUUUGUAUUUGGAAUUCAUAAAUCGCACGAACGAGAUCGGGGUUGACGUUAAUUUGGCAGUUCAGAACCCUUUAACGCAAAAUUUGGUGCAAUUUAUUUGCGGUUUGGGUCCGCGAAAGGGACAGGCGUUGAUAAAAGUGCUCAAACAGACGAAUCAGCGGUUGGAAAAUCGAACGCAGCUGGUCACGGCGUGUCAUAUGGGCCCAAAAGUGUUCAUUAAUUGUUCGGGUUUCAUCAAAAUCGACACAAAUUCACUCGGGGACAGUACCGAGGCUUAUGUUGAAGUGCUGGAUGGGUCUCGAGUACACCCGGAAACGUAUGAAUGGGCAAGAAAAAUGGCUGUGGAUGCGUUGGAGUAUGAUGAUGAAGAUGCAAAUCCUGCUGGAGCGCUCGAGGAAAUCCUCGAAGCACCCGAGAGGUUGAAAGAUUUGGAUUUGGAUGCGUUUGCUGAGGAACUCGAGCGUCAAGGCUUCGGAAAUAAGAGCAUUACGCUCUAUGACAUUCGUGCGGAACUCAAUUCGCGCUAUAAGGACCUUCGUGUGCCGUACCAACCACUAAAUUCGGAGGAGAUUUUCGAUGUUUUGACAAAAGAAACGCCCGAAACGUUCUACGUCGGCAAACUUGUGCUUGUCACUGUAUGCGGAAUAAGUCAUAAAAAGCCCCAAGCAGAUCAAUUCGAGAAUGUAACGCCGGUAAGGAAUGAAGAAACGGGAUUGUGGCAAUGUCCGUUCUGCCUGAAAAAUGAUUUCCACGAACUUUCGGAGGUUUGGCAUCAUUUCGACUCCGGAGAUUGUGCGGGACAAGCGACAGGCGUCAAGGUACGACUCGAUAACGGCUUGAACGGAUACAUUCACAUCAAAAAUUUGUCCGAUUCGCAUGUCAAAAACCCCGAGGAACGGGUCAAAAUGGGUCAAGCCAUUCAUGUGCGCAUCAUAAAAAUCGACGUGGAGCGUUUUAGUGUCGAUUGCACGUCAAAAAGUUCCGAUUUGGCCGAUCGCAAUAAUGAAUGGCGCCCGAGGAAGGAUCAGUAUUACGAUCAGGCAGCCGAAGAUCGUGACCUGAAGCGCGAAGAAGACUCGAAAAAGCAAAAAGAUCGUCAAAUGUAUGUGAAACGAGUGAUUGCCCAUUCAGCUUUUAUGAACAAAUCGUACGCGGAAGCACUUAAAAUUAUGGCAACCAAGGAGCAGGGCGAAGUAAUUAUUCGUCCGUCGAGUAAGGGAUCGGAUCAUUUGACCGUUACGUGGAAAGUAGCAGAUGACGUUUAUCAACAUAUCGAUGUUCGUGAGGAAGGCAAGGAGAAUGCAUUUAGCUUGGGACGCUCUUUGUGGAUCGGAAGUGAGGAAUUUGAGGAUUUGGAUGAAAUUAUCGCGCGACAUAUUAAUCCGAUGGCGGGUUAUGCGCGUGAUUUGUUGUCGUACAAGUAUUAUUUGGACACGCAAGGCGGCAUGAAAGACAAGGCGGAGGAAGCGUUGCGCGAGGAAAAGCGAAAAAAUCCCAACAAAAUCCAUUAUUUUAUUAGUGUAUCGAAAAAUUACCCCGGAAAAUUCCUUUUGUCGUAUCUGCCGAGGACAAGGACACGACAUGAAUAUAUUACGGUGACGCCCGAUGGAUUCAGGUAUCGACAACAAAUAUUUGAUUCGAUUAAUACGUUGCUGAAAUGGUUCAAAGAGCAUUAUAAGGAUCCCCUGCCGGCAGCAACGCCGCAUACAAAUACGCCACGAGGCGGUUCGACGUCGCUCAGCUUGCGAUCGCCUUAUACUGUGGGCAAUAGUUCCAUCAAUAACGACGCAAUCCGUAAGGUAGCUCAAAAUAUGCCAUCGAGCAUGUUACAUUCGUUAUCUCAGGUCACAAAUACGACACCACAAAACCAAUACACUCCAGGCACGCAUGGCGGUCAAAGCUCCUACACAAUUAACACCCCAUACACUCCGAGUGGGCAAACUCCGUAUAUAAAUAUGACUCCUUAUGCAACUCCUCAUGCAUCGCAGACGCCCCGUUAUGGUCAAACGACGCCAAGUCUCGGACAAAAAAGUCCUUUCUUGCAUCCGGGACUACCGUUGUCGGCACAACGCGUUGGCGCAUCGCCCUAUCAACAGUCUCCGUCGUCGCACAGUCGAGGAUAUGCUCAAGCUGCGGAAAAUUCGAGUUGGGAACGUGCUUCGGAAGCAUGGGGCGCAGGUUCUCGCAGUCAAAUGGGCGGGCAAAGAUCGUUUGGAGCGCCGCAAAAGGAGUAUGAUGGGCGAGGAUACAAUAAUGCACCAAGAGGCGGAGGCAUGUCUCGUCCCGGCUCCGGAAAUCGUUACGACAAUCGCCCAACAGGCUACGGCGCCCAUGCAGCAGCUGGCGGACCAAAAGAUCGCUACGAUUCUGGAUUCCGACGCAAUGAUCGCGGCGGCGGCGGAAAUCGGGGAGGCUCUCGCUUCGAUCGCAACGACAGAGGAAAUCGCCCAAGUCGCUUCAGUAACAAUUCGCGCAACGAUUACAAUCCGCCAGCCACGUCGCAGCAGUCAAAUCGCGAUGACGACGACAAUUGGGACAACGAGGUACCCGCCCCGAGUCGUGCAAAUUCCGGAUCGACACCGCGAAACGACUAUCAGAGCAGCAGCAAGAGUCGCAACGACGCCGACGAGAAUUGGGAUGACGAUUUGACGCCGGCAAAGAGUCCCGCGGUGCAUAGUGUGAGCACGCCAAAGACAAAUACGUCGCCCAAAUCGAUGACAAUGAGCGGAGAUCAGACCCCGUUGUGGGACGAGGACUAAUUUGCUGACCCGUAGACUGUAGUUUGAUAUGAUUUUAUCAAUUAUUUGACUUUUUUUGUUGAACUUUUUCAUUUUUUUCGCAUUGCUCGUAGUUGAUAAGACAUCUUGUCACUGAUAUUGUCUCUUUUUUUAAGUUAUUUGAACAAAACAUCAAAAAAAUAUAAAUAAUUAAUGAGAAUACAUAAACUUUUUUUCAUUUUUAUUGCGAUUAAUGUAAGAAAUUUGAUUAAAUGUCACGAAAAAAUGCUUAGCUCUUCUUGUAUUCGAUCCGUUCAACCUUGACUUC